UGUCACCCUGCAAGCAAUAAAACAAAACAAGCGGGACGUUCAGCCAUUCAUUACCGUCUGUAAACACUGGCCGCAUUCCAAAUGCCGCCAUAUUGAAACACAGAGUGCACUGGGUAGCGGGUAUAACACAGUUACCUGACGCAGUGUAAAGUACAGCUAUAUAGUGAACAGGGAGCAAUUUGUGGCUAAGCCGUUGCUCUAACAGUCGGCUGUUAGCUAAACAAAUGCAGUGGAGUUGCUAAAUCUAUUUUCACUUCUCUUCUUCUAACUAGCUAGCUAACAUGAAUAUUCAGCAAAAAAUAUCCAUAAAUUAUUCCUGUGUGCAUGCAUCAUUAAAAUAUUAGAACAGCCGCUUUAAUUUAAGCUCCACUGCGUUAGCUAGACAAACAAGUUAGCCAAAGCUAACGUUAAGCAAAGCUUUGUGCAAACUGCUAAAGUUAAUGUCUUGCACAAGAUAAAGAAUGAGUAAAGCUGAUAUAAAACGAGCAAAAAAUAUGACAGUGAUCUCUGUAGGACUCGGUGUGAAUGUGAUGAACUGCCAUGUCCACUGCUUUCCUGGCUGAUGCUGGAGCUGAGAAAAAACUGUCCAGAACUUGGAGGACACAGUGGGACCAUACUGGCUGGGGAACUGAAAGAGAUCCUGAAAGUCAUGUUGUAUCCUUAUGACCCGUUCAACUCAGAGACUCUGACCCCCACUCAUCUCAAAAGAAUAACAGAGUUCCUGGUGUCCGAGUUACAAGCAGCACGUAUGCUGAAGUACAGAGAGUGCAAUCCGGAAGAUAUUCAGCCUCUGAGCGAGACGGGCAAAGAGCAGAGACGGACAGAAUCUAACCCAGAUACUGAGAAUGAGACUCAGUUAGAUGACAAAGAGGUAAUGAAGGAAUUGUCAGGGUUAUUUCAGGCCCUGGAUAUGGAUCCAGCCUCGCAGCUCAGUGAUGUCUACUCGCAGGUGGAGGCACGACUAGCGGUGUUCCCAGAGGGUGAAGUGCAAGAGCCGUUGCUAAAGACUAAUCUAAAUUCUACACAAUGGAAAGCGCUGAAUCAGAUUAACCGAACCCUCUGCAAGGACUACGAGUGCCGUCGGGAGAUGAUGAUCAAACGCUUCCACGUCACGCUCCAGUCAUUUGCAUGGGGAGAGCGAGGAAAGGAGCGCAGCGCUAUGAUGUCCACCGCACCCCCGUUUACAUCGCCGCUUGAGUCGUCCGUUUCCGUUCCGCUGUUACUAGCAGCUAGAGAGGAUCAGUCUUGCAUUCUGCCCGUGACUGCAGGACCAUCAACAGCCAUUCACAAGGUGCUGAUGGGUAGCGUGCCAGAUAGAGGAGGUCGACCUGGAGAGAUUGAACCUCCUAUGCCAAUUUUCACUCGACGUAGCGAAGGAGGCGACGGUCAGAAGCGUCAGAAAAAUAAAUUCAAGAAACGGGAGUACUCUGGGAAAAAGAAAAACAAGAAUAGAUAGUAGCCUGAAUAGAUACUCGCAUGAACCUGAAUGCUAAUCUUAAUCAGAAUAACUUCAGGCUGUUAUGUUGCAUACAGGGUAUAAUGUUAUGUAUAUAAUAUUCUACCUGUUUGAUUCUCAUUAGCAUUAAUUAUCAUCUACAAUCAUAUAGAGGGAGACGUUUGGCUUUAAUGAUUUAAUGACUACAUGUGCACUAUGGAGAUUAUAAUUUUAUAUUUUGAUGUUAUGUUAUGUUGGUAUACAAAUUUAAAGACUACAAAUUAUGCAUGAUUAUGGUAAAAGCUUGCACUAGUCAUCUGCGUUCCUGGUCAUUUGGGUGAUACCCUUAAGGCUACAUCUUUUGUACCUUUAGUAUAUUGUGUGGAUAUUUUUGUGUAGUAUAUUACUCGAAGUUAAUUAAAGGUACAUGAGAGGUUCUCGAAGUCCAAUUUUGUACCUUCAAUCAUUUUUUUAUUCACAUAUAAAAGAUACACACUAAAGGUACAAAAGAUGGUAUCAGCCUAGUGACAAGCGAAGGUAGAGAUUAGUUCUUUUUUUCUGAGAGUGUAAUAUACAGAAGAGUGAAAUCUACAGAAAUCUUUGCACAUAGAUCUAUAAACAGAUUCGAAGGCAACAUAUUACAUUUAAACAUGUGACUGUUUGGACAGUUCACUUCUUUGUAAUGCUUUAAUUUGAGUUCAUUACUGACAGCUUGUCUACACCCCUGGAAGGGAUUGAAACUUGAAAAUCCUUAUUUAUUCUUUUACUUAAUCAUGCUGUGUUGAUUCAGCAAUAGGCCACUGAUAGGUAAGAGUUGAUUCAGUUUAUUAUUUCAUUUCAAUCUUGCUAUGAGAAAGGGGGAUAAGCAAGUGGAAACAGACUAUAGUAGCAAGUCUUUUUUUUUUUUCCUAGAUUUUUUUUUUUGUUUAUUUAUUUAAUUUUUAUUAUAAGGGCAAUGUUUCAUUCAGCUGUAGACCUGUUUUAUUUCAAGUCCAAUAUCUAGAUUUCUUGCUUUUCUGUUAUUAAACAUGGUUAAAUAGAAGUAUCUGUAGUCGUGGUCCUGAGAUGGUUAAGGGGAAUGUUUCUUUCAGCUGUAAACCUGUUUCAUUUCAAGUCCAGUUUCUAAAUUUCUUGCUUUUCUUUUGUUAAAGAGGAGUUUCUAUAGUGGUGAUGGUGCUGAAAUGGUUAAGGGGAAUGUUUCAUUCAGCUGUAAACCUGUCUUAUUUGAAGUCAAAUAUCUAGAUUUCUUGCUUUUCUCUUAUUAAACCUGGUUAAAGAGGAGUUUCUGUAGUGGUGAUGGUGCUGAAAUGGUUAAGGGGAAUGUUUCUUUCAGCUGUAAACCUGUCUUAUUUGAAGUCCAGUUUCUAGAUUUCUUGCUUUUCUGUUAUUAAACCUGGUUAAAGAGGGAUUUCUGUGGUGAUGUUGCUGAAAUGGUUAUGGAGAAUGAUUCUUUCAGCUGUAAACCUGUUUUAUUUGAAGUCCUGUUUCUAGAUUUCUUGCUUUUCUGUUGUUAAACCUGGUUAAGGAGGAGUGUCUGUGGUGGUGGUGGUGGUGCUGAAAUGGUUAAGGGGAAUGUUUGGUCUGGUCACCAAGGGCAACAUGGCUAGCUCCAAAAUAAAACCAGCAGAAACUUUGCAAUCUCA